UAGUUCGUUCGCGAACUACACAACACUAUGUAUGAUUGUUAUAUUCUUAUCGUGUCCGAAAUGAAACACAUACAAAAAUCAGAAGUUGACACCAACAGCCACCAGUGACAGAUGACACAAUUGACAAAAAACAAUAUGAGAUAAUCAGAUAAUGAGAUAAAUCGAACUUUAAAGUUUUUGGUUUAGACAAACGCUGUUUAAAGUAAUAUUUUUUAUUUAACUAUUAAUAUUUUUAUAUCUAUAUAACCUCGUUAAGACGUUUCAAAAUGGCUACGGUUAUUCCGGCUGUGACAAAAUUAUCAAAUAGAGUAAUACGCGUACUUGGUUGCAAUCCUGGUCCUAUGACUCUGCAAGGUACCAAUACUUAUUUAAUUGGGAAUGGCAGAAAUCGUAUAUUGCUGGAUACGGGUGAUAGAGAUGUACAGGAUUAUCAGAAAAACCUUGCUGAAGUAGUUAAAGCAGAACAGAUCAAUAUUGAACAUAUUGUGGUAACACAUUGGCAUCACGAUCAUAUUGGUGGAGUUGAAAAUCUUUAUGGAACAAUUGCAAAACAACCACAAAUUUGGAAACACAAGAGAGACUCAAGCGAUGCCCCAGACAGUGAAUUGCCUAAUACAUUGCCAUUGAAUUGGCUAGCUGACGGUCAAGAGAUCAAAGUCGAAGGUGCUACUGUUAAGAUUCAUCACACACCUGGCCACACAACAGACCAUGUUGUUAUGACAUUGCUCGAAGAUAACAUAUUGUUCAGCGGUGAUUGUAUAUUGGGCGAAGGGACAGCAGUUUUUGAAGAUUUAUAUACUUACAUGAAAAGUUUGAGUAAAAUAUUGGAAUUGAAACCCAAUGUUAUAUAUCCAGGACAUGGCAACAUUAUUGAAGAUCCCAUACAAAAGAUAGAAUACUAUAUUAACCAUAGAAAUCAAAGAGAGGAGCAGAUACUCGAUGUGAUGAAGAAAAACAUGGAAAAGAAAUUUAAUGAAAUGGACUUGGUGAAAGUAAUAUAUGUAGAAACUCCAGAACAGUUAUGGCCGGCAGCUGCCUAUAAUGUAAGCCAUCACUUGAAAAAAUUGACAAAAGAAAAUAAAAUAACAUGUUUUGACGUUGAUGGUGAAAAUAAAUGGCAGUAUACUGCUUCUCGGAGUAACUUGUAAUUGAAGAAGGAAGAUAUAUAUGUAUUUUCACGUAAAACUUUAAUAAAAAUAUAAUAUAUUAUAUAUUUUUGAAGUUAUACUUCGUUUGGCGCGUUUGAAGAAAUUAUGGGACUGAAUUGUUGUGAUGCGUGCUCACGAUAUAACGCCAAUAUACAAUGUUUGUUUUAUUAUAAAUUUCGAUUAUUAAUAUUAAAAUUUAUUAGUGUGAGUAUCUAUGAAGAUAAAUGCUUGUCAGAAAGCAUAGACAAAGAUAUACGAGCGCGAAAAUUUCACUUCGUAAUUAAAAUAGGAUUUAAAUGAGUGAACAAAAAAAAAUUUUUUUUUUUUAAUAUAUAAAACACUUUUAUAUUAAAAUUAUUAUAUUAUUCCAUUGUAGUCCAUUUAGGUGGUAGUUUAGUAUAUUUUUGGUAUUAUUCCAAAUGACUAAGUAGGUUGUCAGAUAUUUACGAGAUUGUGAUAAUUUUGGUGAAGGAAGGACGGGUUGUCAAAUUUAAAAACAUAGACUUGAGGCAAUCACAUUUUAAUAAGAUAAUAAAACAACAAUCGUCAGAAGAAAUUCAUUGCUUUCAAUAUUUUGAAAAUUAAAAAAAUCACAGCAUUAUCCAAAAAAUAAAUCAUAUGUAAAUUUAGAAAUUAUUUUUGUAUUGAUAUGAAUGUAAAUAAAAUAUAAAAUUUUGAUUAGACAUAAUCUAAAUUUAAUUUGUCAAUAUAAAAACAAAUAAUUAUUACGAUGUGUGAUUAUAAUUACGUCAAACUUU